CCACGCACGUCUAGCUGUGGUUGGAGAGAAGACGGGUGUCACCACUAGAGGUGGCCCCUGCCUGCUUGUCUGAGUGUGAAUGAAGCAGCUCCUCCUCCAGUGUCAGCUGUUGGUAGCGUUAGUUGUGUUGGUGGUAGUAGUGGAGUUGGUGUUGGUUCUCCUCACACAAGCGGACUUGUCCACUCUUACUAUCCGAGCGUCACGUGUUGCUGAGCGGCAUUGCGAGGCGAGCAUCUCCGCCCUCUUGCCCCACCAAGGGGAUCUUUUUACGGUGGAUUAUUCGAGAUGGACUAAGCGAGAACUCAGAGCGGAUACUCGGCGUGAGAAGACUACAUUGUAGCGUUUUUAGGAGCAGACCAUGGAGGAGGAAGACGGGCAUCUGGAGAACGCCUUUCACGCCGUCAAGGAGUCGGACCGACAGCAGCGACUCAGGCUGUGUGUUCUCAACGAGAUGUUGAAUACAGAGAGAGAUUACGUGCGGACUUUGCUUUUCCUACAGUCGGCGUUUUUACACAGAAUCAGGCAAACGGCAGAUGACCAACAGUGCCUCUCACCUGAGCACGUCAAGAUUCUGUUUUCCAACAUUGAGGACAUCCUGGAAUUGCACAAAGAGGUGUUGUCCUCUGUGGAUGCCGUCCUGCAGCCUGAACCCCAGCCUCACCACGCACUGGGACACGUGUUUCUCCGAUUUAGGGAGCGUUUCUCAGUCUACGGUGAAUACUGCAGCAACCACGAGAAGGCUUUGCGACUCCUCAUGGAGCUCAACAAGAUAGCCCACAUCAGGACCUUCCUCCUGCACUGUAUGCUACUGGGAGGCAAGAAAAGCACAGAUAUUCCCCUGGAGGGCUACCUUCUCACUCCCAUCCAGAGGAUCUGCAAGUAUCCUCUGCUACUCAAGGAGCUGCUGAAGCGUACCCCAAAGAAGCAUGCCGACUACCCCGCCGUGGAGGAGGCUCUGCAGGCCAUGAAGGCUGUCUGCUCCAACAUCAAUGAGACCAAGCGUCAGAUGGAGAAACUGGAAGCGCUGGAACAGCUGCAGUCUCACAUUGAAGGCUGGGAGGGUACCAACUUAACAGAUAUCUGCUCAGAGUUGCUGCUUCAUGGAAAUCUCCUCAAAAUCUCAGCAGGAAACAUUCAAGAGCGCGUCUUCUUCCUGUUUGAUAACCUUUUGGUCUACUGUAAAAGGAAGUCCAGGGUUUCUGGAAAGAAGUCCACUAAGAGGACCAAGUCUAUCAACGGCCCCCUUUAUGUGUUCAGGGGAAGAAUCAACACGGAGGUGAUGGAGGUGGAAAAUGUGGAGGAUGGAACAGCUGACUAUCACAGUAACAACUAUACGGUGACAAACGGCUGGAAGAUCCACAACACGGCUAAAAACAAGUGGUUCGUCUGCAUGGCCAAAACAGCAGAGGACAAGCAGAAGUGGCUGGAUGCCAUCUUGAGAGAGCGAGAGCAGCGAGAGAGUCUCAAACUAGGAAUGGAGCGGGACGCUUACGUGAUGAUUGCGGAGAAAGGGGAGAAGCUCUAUCACAUGAUGAUGAGCAAGAGUCGGCACCUCAUUAAGGACCGACGCAGGAAACUGAGCAUCGUGCCCAAGUGCUUCAUGGGAAACGAGUUUGUGUCGUGGCUGAUUGAGAGCGGUGAGAUCAGUAAACCUGACGAAGGGGUCAACUUAGGACAAGCCUUGCUGGAAAAUGGCAUCAUUCAUCAUGUGUCGGACAAGCACCAGUUCAAGAACGAGCAGGUUUUGUACCGCUUCCGCUAUGAUGACGGCACCUACAAGGCCCGCAGCGAGAUGGAGGACAUCAUGUCGAAGGGCGUCAGGCUGUACUGCCGCCUUCACAGCCUCCACAUGCCUGUCAUCAAGGACAGAGACCAUCAUUUGAAAACAUUUAAAUCCGUGGUGCCUGCUUGCAAACUCGUGGACUGGCUCCUCUCACAGGGAGACUGCUCCACCAGAGAGGAUGCUGUGACACUGGGUGUGGGUCUCUGCAACAAUGGCUUCAUGCAUCAUGUCCUGGAGAAAAGCGAGUUCAAAGAUGAGUCUCAGUUCUUUCGCUUCUAUGCGGACGAGGAGACGGAAGGAACCAGCACCAAGAGCAAGCAGCUCCAGCGCAACGACUUCAAACUCAUUGAGAACAUCCUGGUCAAGUCUCUCGUGAUUCACCCUGAGGAGGAGGACUAUGGCUUUGAGAUCGAGGAGAAAAACAAGGCCAUUGUGGUGAAAUCUGUCACCAGAGGCUCACAUGCUGAGAUGGCUGGUCUGCAGGCGGGCAGGAAGAUCCAUACCAUCAACGAGGACCUGUUGUUCCUCAGGCCUUUCUCUGAGGUGGAGGCCAUGAUCAACCAGGCCUUCUGCAUACGACGUUCCCUGCGCCUUCUAGUCACCACCAAGGCCAAGGAGAUUGUGAAGGUCCCUGACAACCCAGACAGCCUUUCCUUUAGACUCAGUGGCUCCACUCCUCCUCACGUCCACGCUGUAAGGAAAGGCUGGGAGGCUGCGGGGGCAGGGCUUCAGCCCGGUCAGGUCAUCCUGAAGGUAAACGGCAACAACGUCAACCGUGGCGACCACCAAGAGGUUCUGGAGCACUUUAGCGCACAACACAGAUACCUCCAGCCUCCUCAUGUGUGUCAGUGGGUGUACCGCACAUUUGAAGAUGUGGAGGAGCUUCAAAGCGAACAAACCGCAUCCGAGAAGGAUGACAGCCCAUUCAGUCCUUACCCAGUGGAAAAUGGCUCCGACCACGAGGAAGAAAACGGCACUAAUGGAACAGAUUACAGACUGGGAAGCCUUUCCCUCUCAGAUAACACGCCGCUGGUCAGCUUGACUGUGGAUAACGUCCACCUGGAGCACGGGGUCCUCUAUGAAUACGUCAGCACUGCCGGGAUCAAGAGUCACGUCCUAGAAAAGAUUGUGGAGCCCAAAGGCUGCUUCAGCCUCACCGCUAAGAUCCUUGAGGCCUUUUCCAGCGAUGACAGCCUCUUUGUUAAUAACUGCAGCCAGCUAAUCUCCCAGAGUGACAAGGUGGUCACCAUGCCUCAGUAUGAGUUCCGGCACAUCUGUGACACCAAGCUGGAGAGUAUCCGACGGCGCAUCAGCAGCUAUCAGCAGUUUUCCCUAGAGCUGCGAAACACAGCCUGGCCCACCUUCAGGCAGGCUAACGUCCGACCUCACCCGUUGGGCUGCAUGGACUUUGUCCCCACCAACUGCCAUGUCAACUUGAUGCAGGUCUCCUACCCUAAAAGUGCUACCUCGGCCGGCAGGAUCUUUAGCAUUCGCUUUGGACGCAAGAACUCCUUGUUUGGUCUGGACCCGGAUCAAGCCCAGCUGAACCCCAUGUCGCACACCCAGCAUUGUGUGACCAGCAUGGGAGCUCCCUCCUGGAAUUCGUCGGGCCUGGACGGCGAAGACGGAGAGGAGUCCAUGAACGGAGGAGAAGGCCUGAUGGACAGCCGGGGUCAUGGAGAUGGCGGUUUGAGCUUCUUGCUCAAACAGGAGGACACGGAGACGCAGGACGCCUACCUUCACUUAUACAGCCGCCUGGACGUCGCCGUCAGGGAAAUGCGGCAAUACGUGGCUCAGAUAGACGUCCUCUUGUCGUCCAUCACGGAGCCGACACAGCUCCAACCGGGCGUUGGGACAGAGACUUCUGUCUAUGAGACGGGCCAGCCGCCCUCGCUGGGCCCCGGUGAGGACAACUGCGACCAGGACAAAGUGGAGCAAGGUGGCAUCAAGAGAGUUUGCUUUAAGGUGAACGAGGAGGACCAGGAGGACUCAGGUCAUGACACGAUGAGCUACCGGGACUCCUACAGUGAAUGCAACAGCAACCGGGAUUCUGUCCUGUCCUGCACGAGUGUGCGGAGUAAUAGCUCCUACCUGGGGAGUGACGAGAUGGGAUCAGGAGACGAGUUGCCGUGUGACAUGAGGAUCCCCUCAGACAAGCAGGACAAGCUGCACGGUUGCCUCGAGCACCUUUUCAACCAGGUUGACUCUAUUAACAGCCUCCUCAAAGGAAGCAUCAUGACCAAAGCCUGUGAGGAGACCAAGCACUUCUACUCCGACCACAGCCAGCCAGAGUUUCGACAAACUGAGGACUGGACAGUUCGCUGUCGUUACGUUAUCCACAAGAACAUCCAGGAGGAUCCUUGGAACCUUCCUAACUCCAUAAAAACCCUGGUGGAGAGCCUGCAGAGAUUUGUGGAUGAUGGGAAGAACCAGCUUCUCCUGGCCCUGCUCAAGUGCACAGACACAUCACUGCAGCUGCGACGCGACGUCAUAUUUUGCCAGGCCACCACGUCUGCCGUGUGUACGCUGGCCGAGCAGCUGCUGUCGGCAUUACGUUGCCGCUUCAACAAUGCCGGCGAGUACCAGGAGGACAGCAAGGAGACCAGCCGCAAGUGGCUGGAGCAAGUGGCCGCCAUUGGCGUGCUGCUGCACUUUCAGUCCACGCUAGCGCCGCAUGUGAAAGAGGAGAGGACCAUGCUGGAAGACACCAAGGCGGCUCUGUCAGACUUGGACAAAGUGACAGUGUUCUUCAGGCAACUCGUGGAUGAAUGUCUUGUUGCAAACUCGCCCGUGUGCUACCAGGUAGAGGGCAGCCGUCAGGCCCUAAAGGUGACGCUCUACCUGGACAGCUGCCACUUCAGUGAGCUGCCCAGUCGGCUGCAAAAUGGAGGCAGCCUCAAACUUCACACUGUUCUCUUCACCAGAGCCCUGGAGCGUCCGGAGGGAGUGUCCCAGCAGGACUACACCGCCAUGGAGGAGCUCCAACAGCGCACCAAUGCUGUCUCCUUAGAGAAAGUCAAAACCUACUACCGCAAACUCAGGGCUUUCUAUUUGGAGAAGUCCAACCUCCCCACAGACUCAAACACCACAGCUAUGAAGAUUGAUCAGAUACUGGGCCUUGAAGUUAGAGAUCUUCGACCGAAGAUUGCAAAACUUUUGCGCCCCCUCAACACUUUGGAAGACCUCUGCCGACUGAUGCAGUCCUACGUCAAUGUGCGGCCAGGUGCCCAUGGCCACCCUUCAGGUGUCAGCGUGCUGUGCGUGUCCUCCGAGCUGUGCAAUCGCCUAGGAGCCUGCCACAUCACCAUGUGUGCCACGGGCAUGCAGAGGAGCACCUUAAGUGUGACACUGGAACAAGCCAUGAUCCUCGCCAGGAACCACGGCCUCAUGCCACGCUGCAUCAUGCAGACUAUGGACAUCAUGCGCAAACAGGGGGCCAGAGUGGAGCUCUCUGCUAAAAAUCUCAAAGUGAUGGACCAGAUGCCGCCAACAGCACCAAGACUCUUCAGGCUAUGUUUGCCGCCCUCGGAUGGAGAACUCUAAGACACUGCAUCGAGAGAGAACCUCCUUCUUGAGUGUUCUCUGCUGUCAUGGGGAUGAUUAUUCCAACACUUUAAAGUGUUCACAUUUUAGGAAGACCUGGAUUAACCAAACUACCUGUAGCCACCAUCCGGUUGUCCAUUUUUGCCUCAGACUGCAACUCCAGAGGGCUUUUUCCUGGGCGUUCCACAGGGCUCAAUGCUUGGUCCCCUAAAUGAACAGUAUUCAUGUAUGACUGCCGGCUGGAUGGAAGCAGGAUGUAAAGUUGGGAUUUUAGGGGCAGGUGAAGCCCAUGUGCAUGUGGUUACUGUGCAAUUACUGUAGGCUUAGUGUGAGUCAUGUAUUGCGGCACUAUAUGAAGGAUAGUAAAUUAUUUAUUGUGUCUGAUUUUAAUCCCCUAACUUAGCAGGUUGUAAAGAAUCUAAUAGCAUUCCAGCUGCCCUUAUUGAACAGUAUUUAAAGGACCAAUCACCUGCCAUCUCUGCUUUGUUUAUUGUAUUUAUGUGUGGAUUUGGACUAUUGUUUCUUACAUUCAUAUUCAGGGAUUUUAAGGCUGCGUUCACACUUGUGGUUCGGUACUUGGGUAUACACCAAAAAUCCCCAAAAGAUGCUUAGUGUGUACUUUAGUGCGCUUGGCUUGGUGUUCACUAAUGUAUUUCUAUCAUGUGACCAAUGGCUGCACAGUAAAGAACAUAUUCAUAAAGUGUGGACGUGAUUGGACAGCUUUCAUGGUUGAAUGCGUAGGGGUUUUCUUUAUACCCUGCUAUAUUUACCAGCUUACUUUCACGAAAAGCUUCUAAAAUAUAAUAUAAAAUAUAAUUAAAGAGCAGCGAGACCGUAUUACUCUUAGAUAUUUGCCAUUUCUGCUUGCUUUUUGCAGUCAUGUCCACACUGGUCCGUGUAGCAUCCCUAUUUGAGCUCAAGUGAUCCGAACCACAUCAGACUUCACUUGCAGGUCUCACUCCGCUUGUUUGGUGCGGCCAGGGUUUGGUCGAUCGCACUUGACCAAGCAAACCGUACUAGCAGAGCAAACGCAACCGAGUUCUUUUUAACCGAACCAAACAUCAACAAGUGUGAACGCACCCGGCAGGAGCUAGCUACAUCAGAGUCAGGACGGAUAAAACUAAACAAAACUGCAUGAGGUAAGGACAGGUAGGGGUAUUUAAUCAUUGGUAAAUUAUUAAUAUAUUAAAUUAAAAUGUACUACCUAAAGGAUUACCUUCUGAUAAUUGUUUUGAGACUGAAUAGGCUCAAUUGUCAUGACAGUGUUAGCAAAAAGUACUGUAAAAGUUGCCAGAGGGCGCUAAACAAAGGGAUCGUUGACGUAAAGUGUUUCUUUUGUGUGUUGUACAUACAAAGUGUAACAAAUGUUAGAAUAUGUCGUGAAACCGCCGCUACACAUGAAGUUGGAUUCUUGUUUUGUGCUGUAGUACACAACAUUUUUUGAAUGGACAUUUUGUGACAGGUAACUUCAUCAGUCAGUGUUGUUCUGGCUAUCCAACAUUUCAACAGUCUGGACAUGCUACGUUCAUUAGAACUGAAUCAGGGCUCAAACCACAUCCAAUUUGGGCUCAGUGUGAACAAUGUAAAACUCCCUAACUGCAACUAAUGAUGGCAGCAUGUUGACUAAGCAAGCAUGUCACUGCUGAUGACACCUUGUAUUUUACAUCAUUCUAAUGUUUGUUUUUGUAUAUACUAUAUAUAUUUACGUUCAUUGCAAUUUUAUCUUGCUUGACAAUAAUUGUACAAAGUUGUUUCUAAAAUGAUCACUGUAAAUCUUAACAAGCUAGGAAAUAAAAGGUUCCCAGUAUGGAAGUGCUUUGCUUGAAUACAGUAUAAUAAAA